ACGAGCUGUCCUAGGAGCUCUGGACAGCCGCCGCAGGGACGUCAUGUCGCGACUCGAGUACGCCAUUGACGAGGUCAUACCCGACGUGAGCAUCCUCAACAAGAGCGACUAUCUGAAUACUGGCACUUUUGUCAAGGGGAUAUAUACGCGUUAUGCUAUCGCCGUCGUCUUCGUCGCCCUCACGCUCGAAACCACAUUCGCGCCCAGUUUGGACUGGCGGAACGCGUCGCCUUUACGCGACGAGUCGCAAUUUCUAACUACCGCGCACUGUCAGGGUCUUAAUAUGAUGGGCCACACGCUUCCGCCAUGCACAGUCUUUUGCGACGCCUUUCGAGCGGCGAGAGUCUUCGAAGACGACCACCCAGGACCUUAGCCUGAAUGGAUGCUGUUC